CUUAUCCAGUGGGCCAUUAAUAUAUAACCUCGCUUAUCGUGUUGGUUGCUCGUCUCUGUCCUUUGAUCAACGCAGGAGAAACUAUCGUGGAGAGAUGGACGUUCUGUCUGUGUUGCCGUCCAGCUUUGGAUAUGUCAUAUUUACCUACCUGUACAGCUGGAUUAUGCUGGGGUAUUUAGCAGUCAAAGUCGGAGGUGCCAGGAAGAAGUACGACGUUAAGUAUCCCACCAUGUACAGCGACAAGGAGCAGGUUUUCAACUGUAUCCAGAGAGCCCAUCAGAACACCCUCGAGGUUUACCCUCAGUGGCUUGUUUUCCAGACCAUUGCAGCUCUUGUCUAUCCGUUAUCAGCAUCUGUGUUGGGUGCUAUUUGGGUGACCAGCAGGUUUUCCUAUGCCUGGGGCUACUACACAGGAGAUCCAAGCAAGAGGAUGAAUGGUGCCUAUGGCUACAUUGGAUUAUUUGGUGUCAUCAUUCUGUCCAUAUCUGUAGCCUUGCAGUUGCUUGGAGUCUUUUAAGAUAGUUGGUCAUCUUGUACUUGCCCUUCUGACGUUAUGUCAUGGCUUGCAUGGCAUUUUCAAAUGUAUCCGCUGUAAAGUAGUUGUACAAGUGCUUAAAUGCUCAUUUCAAAUUAUGAUGCUAAACAUUUUUAUAUAGACUACUAAUUUGAUACUUUAUAUCUUUAUAUGCCAAUAUCUGUCAUGAAUGUCUACUGCAUGUAAUCGUCCACGAUAAAGAUGAUACAGCUCCA